AUGGCGGCUAUGCAGGUGUCAUGGGCACUGUUGCUGUCCUCCGUGGCGGAGACCCUCUCCUCGACCUCCUCCACGCGCUUUUCCAAGUCCGUCACUCGGUUAGACAGCGCCGUCAAAGAGCUCUCCACCGAAGCGACUGAUGUUUUUAUUUCGUUCAGCGCACCGUCAAUGAUGUCAAGGCGAGCGCCGACCGAUUCAUCCAUGUCGUUCACCCGGGAGGCCACAGACUUUAUUUCAGUUAAGAUCUGCUCCAUGGUUGUUUGA